AUGGCCUCCAGCGACCUCAAGAGCGAGUUGAUUCGCUCUUUGAGCUCCCGUUUGGAGAACAUCCUCCCAAACCGUUCGGGGUACAAUAUUGCCGAGGUCGAGCUCAAUGCCCAGUUUAUCUUGACCACCAACUUGUUCCUUGCCAACUCCAAGCCGCUGAAAGAAAAUGGCAAUCUGGAUUUCAUGCCCGAUAUCAUCGAGCACUUCUCGGCUAUUUUAGAGAAGCUCAACAUCGACCCUACAACAAGGAAAGUCAAGGAUCGCGAGGAGAAGUCGUUGACGUCGACGGUGGUGGUUAUGAAGUUGUUUGCCACGAUUAUUCGUUUUUCGUGGGACAAGAAUGCCUCAAUCGGUAAAAACUCCAAUAUCACCGCUAACGAGGGGGUCAACUUCAACUUUGACCUUGGCUACCACAGCGAAAACUAUAUGAUUUACUCCUUCCAGCCGUCCGAACUCCUCAACACAGACAUCCAUCAUAGCUUGGAGGUUCUUUUCUGCCUUCUUUCCGAGGAGGUGAACCGAGAAGCUCUCGCGAGCAUCAAGCGGAUUCGGAAUGACAAGUACAAGCCAAUUGACUACACCCUUGCGAGUGAUACAUCCUUAACACACGAUGAGAUACGAGCGUAUGUGAAAGAGAUCGACGAAAAUAUUCUGUUGGUACUCCGCUACCUUGCCGCAGCCAAUCCAAACGAUUACUAUUCCUUCCUCAAUAGAAAGCUUUUUGCAUGGGCCGAGAGAGGAGAAUAUAUCCCUAAUGCUGCUUUGCAUAAGUACUCAUGCCUGCUCAAGUUUCUAUACUACACAAAGGAUGUUGCCGACCAAUACGCCAAGCAAGUCUACAGUAUGAUGCCUUAUAUCCGCUCCAAUAGCUGGAAGCAGGUAUGCCUAUAUUUCGACUCCCUCAACAUCAAAUACCAAUGUCUUCACCGCCCCAACUUCUACGCGGAGCAAGUGAUUCCUGGCCAGCCCAGUGAGCAGAAUUUCAAGACGUUGUUUGACUACGUUUCAACGGCUUUUGAGGAUCAGGAAAUGGUGGGCAUUGCACCAUCUUUGCAUUCGUGGUUUGUCAUGCUCUGCCCCUCAGACUUUGAUGAACUUCUUCAAAAGCCGAAUAAGCUCAAACAAGCAUUCAACAAACGCCUCAAGUUCCUUACUUCCAUACUCAAGGAUGCAAGCUCUGGCCUGAAUUUGGAGUGCUUUGAGAGCUUGAUCAACAUCUUCUCUCUAGGUGCCAGAAUCCCUGAGUUGAAGGGCGAUGUGCGUGAGUUCAGCGUCAAAUACAUCGACGAGACAUUCGAGAAUUUGAAGAAAAUGGGACCCAAUAUCAUUUACGAUGCCUCCAAACUUCACUAUCGCAAGCUCUCUAUAGACCUAUACGUGGCUGCCAUUGCGAUAAACCCUGACAAAUACAUCCCCAUUCUUGUGGACUACUUCAACUCGGCUCUCCCGAAGUCAGAGGACGGAUGCAAAGACGAAUGUCUCUGUCCGGAGAUUGAGAUUUGUAUGAGUGUUAUCAAGGGCCUUGCCCACGUCGAGACAUACAAAGUUCCCCUUCAAACUGUCAUGAAAAGACUACGAGAACCCUUGAAGAGUCUUUUGUUCACAACUUACAGGAAAUUAAGUCUGUUCGAUUCUAACCGUCCAGAAUCAAGCUCGUCAUCACUACUAUCGCAAACCUCGGACAGACUACCGGAAAUGGACAAAAACAUGGCUAAUUCAAACCCACUCUUAUCUUCGCUCAAGAAAAAUAAUCUCGAUUACGGUCUAGGGUCUGUUCAGGACAAGAAUAUCAACUCCACCGUGGAGGCAGCUGACUCGAGCUCCAACAAGUCUGCGCAACAGAACAGCGUCGAGGUCCCUUUCAAUGCGAAAUGCAUAGGGCAAUGUGAACGCAUAAUGACACAGCUAUUUGAAAUCUUCGCUGCAUCCCCAGAGGCCUAUAUUGGCUAUUUGUCGGAGAAAGUCACACAACCUGAAGGUGGGGAUCAGAAGGCUGUCCUCAAGGAUUUAAUCACGUUUGCACAUGAAAUGGCCCUUCCAAUCAAACAAGCCAUUCACUUCAAAUCUGUUAACGGUAAUUCCGAAUUGUUUGAAUCGGCAUGUACCCUUGCCAUGACCAUGGUCCGGAGCAAGAGCCAUUCCUUGAGAGACACUGAAGUGAAGGAGUGCCUGAGCUUCCUCUUUUCCAAUCUCGUCAUCAAAGCCAUCGCAGAAGCAUGUACUGUGUUCUCGUUGACAGAUCCAAAUUUCAAGCUUUGUUUCAUCUUCUUGAACAAGUUUCUACAAGAAAGAGACAUCUCUUACAAGGAUGUCACCAACAAUAGGCUUUUGCAGCACGAAUGCUCACACUCCGCCUGCGAAACUGUCUGUGAAGCGGUUGAGAUUAUCCUUCUUUUGGCUCUAUGUACCCACGACGUUCAGUUCUUUGGCAUGGCCAAGCUCACGAUGAAAUGGCAUAUUCUCGAAAUCGAGAACGGAAAACACCCUUACAACUGCUUCGACAACCACUUGGCUCAUGUCUUUAAGCGAAUCCUCGACGAUGAUUCCGUGUUCACAGGAUUUGUUUCUCUUCACAAGAAGUUCAGAAACAUUCUCAUGGAAGCCCCUCCCACAAGCUCACUCUACCAUGUCUGGCUUUUGAUUUAUCAAAGAUGGUUGGAUAUUGUUGAUAGCUCUUCGACCCUCACAGAUGCAAGCCUUGUCUUUAGGCAUUAUACGGGCUUCCUUGUAUCCACAUCGGGAUGCUUCUUGAAUAAAGACUUUCUGGAAAAUGACCCGAAGGAGAAGGAGAAGGCGUUAGCUUUAAUUUCUGCAUUCUUUGAUAGAGCCAUCAGCUUGCUCAAGCUGAACGAGCUUGUCGUUAGAGUUGUAAUUAAAGAUGCUUUAUCGAACGAGUCGCAUCCUGCCGUCUUCCAUUUGGUCUGUACAAAACUCAUGAAUGCCGGUAUUUAUUAUGUUGAUCAAGGCGUUAUAUCAAGUGAAGCUGUUUUGUUCAUGGAACAGAUGAUGGCGAUCAUUACUGCUAUGACUGCUAUCAAAAAUGACGGUUCAUUUGUGUUGGUUUCAUUAUUGCCUGGUGUGUGCGAGUUCCUUCACAAGUUUAUUGGAAUGGUGACUAACCCCGUGGAUAUUGUCAAGCUCAAGUUGCGUUUCUGCAAAGUCUGUUCCGCGAUUGAAGCUGAUCGAGAAAGAAAUGGUAUUGCUGGUGCUUACAAGUUGAGAAGUAACUAUGCAAAGAUUUCUCUCGAAUGGCUUGAACAAGCUGUCUUUUUUGAUGCAACUAGCGAGGAAGCUGACGUGGAUGACUCGGUUUUGACAACUCCUAACACGAGUCAAAGUAACCAGACUAAGAGCUCGGAGCUUGAGUUCUUGUACAUUGAGUUAGCAAGUGAAUGUGCAAAGUGUCUCGAAAUGCAAUUGCAAGACUCUAUUUUUGAAGUUCCUGAAGGCGUGAGUGAGAAGAAUUUGAAACAUAGCAAAGAUUUGGUUUUCUCGAACCACUUCUCACUCUUCUUCAAGAUAUUGCAGAAGUACACUUCACCUACACCAUCUCCCACAAUGCUACGCUCGAAGUACAAAAUUCAAGGAAUCACAGACGUUGUCCUCAAAUCUAUCUCCAACAUUCUCCAGUCUGAUACGGAGCAUGGCAUGCACUUCGUCCUUCCUUUGGGCUAUCAUCAAAAUGCUAAAAUCAGGUCGAUCUUCUUGAAUAUCUUUGGCGAUAUGUUAUCCACCAAGAAGCUCAAAAGCGCCAAAGAGGAAUUCUCUGAUGAAAUAGUGUUUGAGAUGGCUGAGAUUUAUGAAGUAUACGGAGCAGCUGCCGAAGUCGCUUCACCAGCAGAACACAAUCUUUUAGCAACUUCGCUUCAUGGCCUCUUCGGCUAUACUCGCAAGCUCGACAAGUUAUUCGUUACCUUGUUGACAGACGAAAUCAGCAGUGUUGCGAGAUCCACCGACAUCUUCAGGAGGAACAGUACAUUGACUAGAUUAAUGUCCAUUUUUGCAAAAGAAGACGGAUUGCCCUACUUGACAGUUGUUUUGAAACCUGUUAUCGAGGAAAUAAUCCUGAAUUCCGUUGUUUUUGAGGUCGAAAAGAGCCACGAACUCGAGGACGUUGAUCUAUUUGUUCAGUUUUUGGCAAAGAUUGUUGAUAGAAUUGUGGGAUCUGCCAAGUGGUUUCCCGAUUCGUUUCGUUUCAUCUGCUCGGAAAUUUACAAGUCUGUUGGGGCAAAGUUUGAGGAUGCAGCCCUCAUUGCAGUUGGCUCGUUCGUCUUUUUGAGAUUUUUCUGUCCUGCUAUUGUCAGCCCUGAAUCGUUCUUCGAUCUUUCUACUUCGAACGUGAAGGUGAAGCGCUCACUUAUCCAGUUGGUGAAGGUCAUUCAGUACAUGGCGAACGGCACUCUUUCCUCGCUUAAGUGGGAAGGUUUGCUUCAAAGGUCCGAACAGCUUGGUGAACUCAAUAAGAAGAUCUUCGUUUUCCUAGAGGACAUGUCAGUGAGCCCUAUAGAAGGAUAUCCAUUCCACAGCUUGACUGUCAAACCUUACACUGGAUUACGGUACAUUCACAAGUUCUUUUACACUUACUUCGUCUACAUCAAGCACCAAUUGACACUCGGCGACCCUCUUGUCAAUGCCGGUAAUCUCCAUGAACGUGUGUUGCUAUGGAGACGAUUGGACCAGAUCAUGAAAGAGCUCGGAAGGCCUCGACCAUCCAUUUCACUUCAAGGGACGACAUCCUAUAAAGCUGUUGACCCAUCUGCGUAUCUUGGUAACUCACAAUACGCAGAGUUUAUGGCAAAGAUGUCAGUAAAGAAUAUGGAGCUUGCAGUUGAUAGCGAGGUGAUUCAUAGUGCUGUGUUUCCCGAUGGAACACCUGCUGUUGUUGUCAACUUCCGCCAUAUUAAAGACAUUGGCUACGAUAUGAGCACAUUCGUUUUCCUCAUAUUGGAGGCGGCUAGUCAAGUAUGGGAUAACAAGUUUUACAUUGUGAAUGACUUCACCCAGUUCUUUUACAUGGGAAUCAUUGGAAAGAAUUACGUCAGCUUGAUGAGAAACUAUGCACCAUCUAUUUUCUUCAAGAAUUGUGCAAGAAUCUAUUACUUCAAUUUGCCCCGAUUCAAACAUGUCAGCAUAAUAGAGGAUAUGGUGCAAUUAAGAGUUAACAUCAACCCGUUAUCGAAGGGAUACUUCUAUUCACAAACUGACAAACCAGAGGUUAUUAACAGUUUGUGUUUGAGCGAGACCACCACUUCUAUUGACAAAGAUGUUCGUGUCAUUUUCAAUGAUUGUCUUGUCUACGAAAAUGCUGUACAAAAGUUUGUUCCAGCCACACUCAAGCUUGGCCGCAAGUUCAUGCAAUUAUGUUUCGAAAAGUCAGAGUUUAGCCCCGACUUUAUUCAGACUGAUUCGCUCACACCAGUCGAAGUCCACCAGUUGUCGGAUAUUACCCGAUGUGAAAUUUCCAACACUUUUGAUACUCCAAAUGAGUUUACCUUGUCUCUCAACAGGUACAAUUAUGAGGUUAUCAUUUCAUCUAACCAGCGUCUGGCUAUUUUGCGCUUCCUUUACUUUGCCAUGUUGAGGACUUCUAGGGAGACAUCCGGUCACAAGAAGGACGAGGAUGAUUUGAGAGAGCUGCAUUGGUUUGGAAAACUUUAUAACAUUGUGUUUCACGCCUUACUUGAAAGAGACCCGGAGGUGAGAUCUUCUGCUUCUUACCUCUUUUCGUCGAUGUCUGCGUACUACGAUGUGGACUUUGGGGUCUCUCCAUCUCAUGCCUCCAGUAUCGCAUAUCCGACAGAUACUACCGAUUUCGUUGUCAGCGUCUCGACACACCUUGCACAGAAACGACCUGAAAACACCUAUCGCUUCAUCAAAGCUUUUUUCAACAACUUCGAGAGACUCCCCGAGGCCCAUCGUGUGAGUGCCAUAAUGUACAUUUCUCCAUGGAUUGAGAAUGUCGGAAACCAGAUUUUCAUGGAACUUGAAAAUGGAUCUGAAAGAGUGGCAGAGAUCGCCAGGCAGUUCUGUCGUAUCACUUCGCAAACUAUGAAUCUGCUUCCAUUCCUCAACAAGUAUGUCUGGAAAAAGCUUUUCGCAGACUUGCGCUUAACGUCGGUGCUCUUGGAUGAGAUCAUUGCUUUUGCCAUUGACAACAAGUCAGACGAAUCUGAAUGGGAGCAAAUUAUAUCAGUAUUGAGUCCUAGUGUUGAACUUUGUGGUGAAUUGAUGUCCAGGCUUGUGGCAUGCAUCCAUAAGACCAGAAGUGAUGAUUCAGACAUUGCCUUACAGAGCAAACUCCUCGAGAUCACUGUCCUCAUCAAGAUUUGCGCGGCAAUGUUCUUCAAUUCUUACGUUUUUGGCUCGCUCUACUUGCUGCAUGUCUUCUUCUUCUGUUCCUUGUUCAUUGAUAGCCCCAGGCUCGAGUUUGGACCGGAUUUGCAAAAACUUACGAUCAAUACUGUCCAGUCAUUCGUUCACAAGCUCGAUCUCACAGAUCCUCAGAGAGAGCUUAUUGAAUCCUCAAUCGAGUACUUCACUAGUCAGCGUGCAAGAAUGCUCUUUGGGUUUUCUUCUGGCGACAGAAGCAAAGGAUCAGAUGCUACACACCUUUUUAACAGGGCUACAGCUUUUGAUCUUUUGUGCGACAAGUUGAAGAGCUUCAUGCUUCUGGUUGGGUCCUCAGACGACAAAAUCAGAUGGACAGCUAGGUGGUCAUCUCUCGCUAUGGAAAUUGCGUUCAGCUCCGGCUCUCUUUUCCAACGUCGUGCUAUCACAUUGGUCGGUACUCUUGCCAGAUCAGGUAUAAGUGAUUCAGCCGGUGGCCGUAUGAUGAAGAUGCUCGUCGACAACAAAUAUCACGAGCCUAAUACGUACGUGCAUUCAGGGAUCUGCUAUUCCAGAUUGGAAGAAGGUUUGGCCAGAGACUCGAAAUAUCUUCCAAUCCUCAUUUGGUCAAUUAUCUGCCACAGUUUGCUGAGCUUCCCACCUUUAUACCAGACAGCUAUCACCACUACUACUAGCAUCUUCACCAAAAUGGAGUACAGAGAGGACUUCAUGCAGCCUAUAAUGAGCACUCGUCCCUUACUCGAACCCCUUCUUUCAGAAUAUGAGGCCGAAGUGAAUCACACGGUGAGUGAGGCCAACUUCCAGCUCCAUAUAAUGCUUUUCCUUUGUCUUGGUCUCACUACAUCACAAUUCAGGCACACAUCUGUUCACUGCUUGAAGAGAAUGUUGAAACAUAAGCUCCUGCUGGAUGACGGCUAUCCCAACAAAGCCUACAGGUAUGAGUACCUUUUGAUUGCUUUCUUGUCGACAUCAGAUAGCACCUACAACGAAUUUCUCAAGGAGAAUUUUGCGGACGCUGAGGAGCUUCAAUGUGUGACGAAAAACUCUCUACCAAAGGCCGUGAUUGAGAGCUUGGACAACAUAAGUGGAGAGACAAAGAUCGCAAUGAUCAUUGCUGCUUACACGUUUGACAGCGAUUGUGACUCUAACUUCAAGUUAAAGUUCAUUCGUUUGUACAAUCAUAUUUUCGCAACUCAAAGAGACUUUGCCUUAGUCAUCUUUCACCUUGUCAAGCGUGGUCUUGAAAACAAUAUGGUCAGCAGCACGUCUAUUGAUCUUAUCACAUCAAUUUCCAACAUUAUGGUGGAUGUUAUACAAGACGAAGGAUACUCCGAGGCCAAUGCGGAGUCCCAGUUGAACGAUAUCUUAAACGCAUUUGAAUUCCAGAGAGUACGUCAAGUGAAGGAGUUCAGAAAUGAAGUCACAGAGAACAUUUGUGACAUGAAAAGAAUGCAAAUGGUGCAACAACUUAUGCACAGAAGCAUCAGCAGCGUCAACGAAGGUGAACGCCUAGAAAAAUCAUAA